AUGGACGAGAUGGACAGCGCCGACGUGCUGGCGGCGCAGUUUGCGGACCGGCUGUCGGAGCAAGGGAAGCACAGUGCAGGUGGCCAGAGAGGAGGCAGCAGCAGGCGUCGAGGCGGUGGCAACGGACGAGGAAAGCGAGAAGGCGGCAGCAGCAGCAGCCGGGCGGUGGAUGUGAGCCGGGCGCUGUCGAAGCUGCUGCGCCACCAGGCGACGAGUGCGGGGAUCGUGCUAGACGGCGAGGGCUAUGCAGCGCUGGACCAGGUGCUAGCCUGGGGGCCGCUGCGAUCGAUGGGCGUGACGGCGGCCGAGGUGCGCGACGUGGUGGCGAGCAACGAGAAGCAGCGAUUCGGGAUGAAGCGGGUGGAUGGAGACGGGAUCGAUGAGGUGGAGGCCGACAUCGCGAACCCGUCUGCCUGGCGCAUCCGGGCGAACCAGGGCCACAGCCUUCCGCUGGCCAGCGACGGUGGCCUGCUGCAGGCGAUCGUCGACGUGGCGUCGGCACCGGCGAUCGUGUGUCAUGGCACCUUUGUGGCCGCAUGGCCGCAGAUCGAGGCGUCGGGCGGCCUGCGGCCGAUGGGCCGGAACCACGUGCAUUGUGGGAGUUGUGAGGGCGGUGAGGGGGAGGCCGACAUGGACGCAGACGCAGACGCGGACUUGGACACCGCCAGACUGGCCCGCACCAUUCCUGGCCUGCGCAAAAACGCCGACCUGCUCGUCUUCCUCGAUGUCCGUCGUGCCCUCUGCGAAGAUCCCUCGAUCCGCUGGUGGCGCUCCGACAACGGCGUCGUGCUGACCGAGGGCAAUGCCGACGGCGUCGUGCCCGCUCGCUUCUUCCGCCGCGUCGUCACCACGGCCGCACCCACGCUCGUCCUCUGGCGCGACGGCCACCGGACGUCCGAGCUGCCGGCGGCACUGCUGGCACGCGCGCGGAUGCCGGGCAACAUGCGGGGGGCGGCCGUCCGAGCACGAGCCAAAGACGGCAGCAACAAUACCGGACAGCAGACAGACAGAGGGCGGACAGAAGGGCAGAAGACUGAUGGAGAACAGACAGACGGACAGACAGAAUAA